AUGGCUCUCAAGUGGGGCUUUCCUCCUCCUGCUCAUCAUGCCACUGCAAUGGCAAAGAAAUCUGGGAGUUUAAGGGCUGGUCUUACGAAGGUGGUGGUGAGUGACGGUGGGGGUUGCGGUGGUGGUGAUGGGUUUCCGUCGUUUCUUCCGAAAGAGGUUGAGAAAAUUAAAGACCCUUUUGCUAGAAGUUUGGCUCAGAGGAUUCAGAGACUCCCUGUACAGCAAACUGAAUUUUCAGGAAGUUGCAUAAUGAGUAGUUGCGUGAAACCAAGGAUAAAAAAUGAAACAAAUCCGGUUGUUCUCUUGCAUUCGUUUGACAGUUCUUGUUUAGAAUGGAGAAGCGCAUACCCCUUGCUUGAGGAGGCUGGUUUGGAGGCUUGGGCUGUUGAUGUUCUGGGAUGGGGAUUCUCUGACUUAGAGAGGCUUCCACCAUGUGAUGCUGCUUCAAAGCGCUAUCACCUCUAUCAGCUCUGGAAGUCCUACAUUAAAAGGCCAAUUGUUCUAGUUGGACCCAGUCUUGGUGCUGCUGUAGCAAUUGACUUUGCAGUGAACUAUCCUGAAGCUGUUGAAAAGAUGGUUUUGAUCAACCCCAGUGUUUAUGCAGAAGGCACGGGUAACCUUGCAAAAUUACCUAAGAUAGUGGCCUAUGCUGGGGUUUCUUUGUUGAAGAGCAUUCCACUGCGCCUUUAUGCUAAUAUAUUAACCUUCAAUGGCAUCCCAUUAUCUAAAGGGUUAGAUUGGACUAAUGUAGGUCGCCUACAUUGCCACCUCCCUUGGUGGAAAGAUGCAACUGUUGACUUCAUGAUUAGUGGAGGCUAUAACGUAGUUUCACAAAUUAAACAGGUAAGGCAGAAAGUACUUAUCAUCUGCAGUGAGCAAGAUCUGAUUGUCGAUAAACAGCUCGCAAUGAGGCUGGAAAGUGAGCUGCCGAAUGCAAUUAUGCGGAAAAUACCAGAUUGUGGUCAUCUCCCCCAUGUUGAGAAGCCAAACCGUGUUGCGAAGUUGAUUGCGGCUUUCGCCAGGUGAUUCGACUCUUGCUGACAGAGAAAGCAUCCCAGAUGUGCUAAGCCUAAUGCUGCUAACUUGCUAAGUGCUAACAGGCCAUUAUAGGUAUCAAAUGCUGUUGUGGUUAACUUGCUACUAAUGAGUAAAGAAAUGA